CCUCUCCCUGACCAGGUGGUGCUGAAAGGAGCAGGCAAGAAGCUGAGCCUACUGGGGCAAACGUGCGCGGUGUGUCUGGAGGAGUUUAGGACCCGGGAUGAGCUGGGCGUCUGUCCCUGUUCGCACGCCUUCCACAAGAAGUGCUUACUGAAGUGGCUGGAGAUCCGCAGCGUGUGUCCGAUGUGCAACAAGCCCAUCCUCCGCCUGCAGCCGGAGUCCCCACCGGAGGCCAAUCAGGACGGGCCCCUGGACCCGGAGGAGGUCUAGACCAAUCAGGAGGGGCCCCUGGACCGUAGGAGUAGUAGACCAAUCAGGGGAGGAGGGGGCGUAGCCACCAGGACCAGGCUCCGCCUCUUAAGAACAGGAGCAUUCUAAUGAAUCCAGAUGAGAUGCUUUACAUCAUCUGGAUUUAUCUUUGUUGAUUGGAUCUAGUGGCACCUCUUAGCGCUGGUCUCCAUGGUGACCCCAGAUACGGACACGCCCACCUUGACUUUACCUUCAUUGACCAAAUACACAAAAGACAUCGAUGGACUGGGAGGAGAUGGUUGUGGAUCUCGUCCCAGUGAUGGAUACUGGGAGUAUCGUUGGGACAACCCAACAGGACCUGUAGGGAGAGGGGUGGGGGGGAUAUAGGACUGUGGUUGUCUUUAUAACUCGGAGGGGGGGGGGGGGCGUUAAAGAGGUGGUAGGACGCCACCAGGUGUGAGUGUGAUCAGCCGUCACAAGCCUGUAUAUCUGUGUUUUAUCACAAGUGGGCGUGUCUAGCUAAACGUACGCUGAAUCAGCCUACCAGCCUACCCAGCGGCAGAUGUUGCUGCUCGUCCAUCCAUCUAGGUGGUCACGCCCACUUGUGAUGUCACCAGAACAAAGGAAAAGGCGGGUUUUCACUGUGGUGGCGUCACGUCACGCUUUAACAUCAUCAGCCAGCACAAACCUUUCAUUUACCCUCUUCACUUCGUGCCACAUACGGACAUCCUCUCAAUACUGCCAACGAGGAGGAGCAGGAGGAGGAAGGAGGUGGAGUAGGAGGAGUAGGAGGAAGGAGGAGGAGGAGUGUGUGAUGUCAGCAGUAGAUUCUCCAGGCCGGUGUAGAAGUCUCGCUCUCGCUACGUUCGUUUACUUCAGAGAGGCCGAUUGCGUGUUAGUCUUGCAUUCGCGUGUGUUACCGUACGUAAACGUGUCCUUAUAAAUAUAUAUUGUUAUUUUGUACUUGUUGCUUUUAAAAAUAAAACGUCAUGUCAUUGCAAUGAUAGAGGAAACAACAAAACUCCAAGUUAUUUUUGUUUUAAUAAAAAGAAAAGAAAUAAAACGGUAAAUUCAACACAUCCAUAAAAAAUACGGAAUAAAAUAUCUUCUCCUUAAA